AUGUCGAAGGCACGCCACGGCAUGACUGCCAAGCCAGCCCGCGCUGCCGCUGCUCAGUCAGGGAAGAGCAUCCUGACAGCGUUGCUUAAGGCUCCGUGUGAGAGCACAGAGGAAUAUGAUUACGAUUACCUCAGCAUCAAUAAAACCUGGGUCCUUACCCCCAAGGCACAGGAGACUGAUGCCACGCAGAUCCUCAACUCGCUGCUGAAGAACUAUGACAACAAGCUGAGGCCUGACAUUGGCAUCAAACCCACAUUUAUUGAUGUGGAUAUCUACGUGAACAGCAUUGGGCCGGUGUCUGUCAUCCAGAUGGAAUACACCAUUGAUAUCUUCUUUGCUCAGACGUGGUACGACCGGCGUCUUCGUUUCAACAGCACCUUGAAGGCCCUCACACUGAACACCAACAUGGUGAGCCGCAUCUGGAUCCCAGAUACCUUUUUUAGGAACUCCAAGCGGGCUGAUUCGCACUGGAUAACCACUCCCAAUCAGCUCCUCCGCAUCUGGAAUGACGGAAAAGUGCUCUACACACUAAGGCUGACAAUCGAGGCUGAAUGUCUGCUCCAGCUGCAGAAUUUCCCAAUGGACACUCACUCCUGCCCUUUGGUUUUUUCUAGUUAUGGCUACCCACGUGAGGAGAUCGUCUAUCGCUGGAGGCGCUACUCCAUUGAGGUCUCGGACCAGCGAACCUGGAGGCUCUACCAGUUUGACUUCACGGGGCUGAGGAACACCUCGGAAGUUCUCAGGACUGGGGCAGGGGAGUACCUGGUGAUGACAGUUUCUUUUGACUUAAGUAGACGUAUGGGUUAUUUUGCCAUUCAGACCUACAUUCCCUGCAUCCUGACUGUUGUUCUUUCCUGGGUUUCCUUCUGGAUCAAGAGAGACUCUACACCAGCCAGGACAUCUCUGGGUAUCACAACUGUGCUAACAAUGACCACACUGAGUACGAUCUCCCGCAAGCACCUUCCCCGUGUUUCCUACAUCACAGCCAUGGACCUCUUUGUCUCUGUGUGCUUCAUCUUCGUCUUUGCAGCUCUCAUGGAGUACGCUACACUCAACUACCUGGUGGGAAACAAGAAACCACUUAAGCACAACAACAGGAAAGCCAGGCUGCCACCUGCCGGUGCCCAGGUGAUGCCAUCCUUUACCACCAUCAACAUCAACAACAUCAUGCACUGGCCCCCAGAGAUAGAGGAGGAUGAGGAUGAAGACCCUGGCUCCCCAUGCCUGGAAGGAAAGGAGUGCGAGAGGUUCUUCUGCUGCAUUGAGGACUGUCAGACAGGAAUGUGGCGGGAAGGGAGGGUACGCAUUCACAUCUCCCGCCUGGACUCCUACUCUCGUGUCUUCUUCCCCACCGCCUUCUUGCUCUUCAAUAUUGUCUACUGGAUUGCCUAUCUCUAUCUCUAGCCAUUCUUUGACCUCAGCUAGAAUGGACUGGAGACCAGCAAGAUGGGCUUCUCAAGGAGCACAGAGAACGGCAUCUCUUCUAUUGUUAGUUGAUUGUCAGUCUGAACAAUCCAACCUGGUGAUUCCCUCUUCCCACUCUCUCAUCUCUUCUGAGAAGAACCAGACAGCUUUUUUUUAGCGUUCUAACAUAUCUUUUUAGAGAAUCUACCCUUCCCAAACAAUCCCCUCUCCAGCACCACCAGCAUUUUACUC